UUCUGCUUGGAUGGAGGGAGGGGUUGGAAACUUCACAAGGAAAUAGGAGCACAGUUUUGUACUUUUUAAUGUGACAUUCUAAAAGCUAACGGGAACGACCUGCACUUUCCAGCUAAUAUGGAAAUUCCAGCCAUAAAUUUGAAGGCCAUAGUGCUGGUGCAUUGGCUGCUGACCAUCUGGGGCUAUAUGGCUUUCGCUUUCAUGCCUGCCUCUUAUGCGUGGGGGAACUUCACAGUCUUCGCUGUGGGCGUGUGGGCCAUUGCCCAGAGGGACUCCAUCGAUGCUGUGCUAAUGUUCCUGGUUGGAAUGAUGGUGACCAUGCUGACGGACAUGAUUCACAUCGGGAUUUACUACCCGGCGGGCGAAGCCUUGCUGGACCGCGCCCGCGACACGUUCCGCUUCAGUGCAGGAAUGGCCAUCCUCAGUCUGCUGCUCAAACCCGUGUCCUGCUUCUUCGUCUAUCAAAUGUACCGCGAGAGGGGCGGGGACUACAAUGUCAACUUCGGCUUCCCCACUGUCACCCGGAACCGAGACGCUUAUCAGUCCAUGGACCAGCAGGAUCAGUCCAGCAGCCCGAGCACCACAUACGACCCCAAAACUGGGCCACGUUCCUACUGAGAAAGACACGGAGGAGCAUGUCAAGCCUAGUCAGGGCUAGCACAUCCACACCACUAUUUGUAUCUCGGAGAAAUCGUAAACAUUCCCUUAUUGUUGCACAUUAGAAUAUCUGUUAUGCAUGUUCUGCCUGUUAUGUUAUCCCCUACUUUAGUUUUGUUUUCUUGUAGCGAUUUGUUCCCUCUUUCCUCAGACUGUGGAUAUAGAGAUCAUGUUUGAGCUAGUUUAGGGCCUUUGGUGGGCAGGCCAAGGUGUCAGUUGGGGUGGUAUGAGAAGGUGUUCUGUACAUUCCCUGAAAUCAGUGUCUUAGCUUAAGACUUUAAAAAGCCUCUUUUCUCUGAAUUCAUUCUGGCGCAAAGAAUGGGUAUAUGUGUGCUUUAUAUGUGCUCAGAGCUCUGGCUAAUGUGUCCGAAAAGCAUCGGGGGUUCAGGUUGAAUAUACUAUUUCAAACCCAAGGCAGUUGAAGACCAAAACAAUUUUUUUUUUACUUCUCCGUGUUUAUCACUUACACUGGAUUGUGUUAAUAUUUAUAUUUGAGAGUUUAGUGUUAAAGUUAACUUGAACAUCAUAAAUAUAAAACAACACACUUUAAGUAGUGGGGUUGAUCAUAACUGUUCAGCUGAAGCAGUGAUGCAGUGAAAAAAUAGCUUGUCUUUGCCCUUUGGUAUAUCAUAACUGUUGUGUCCUUUUUUCAGUGUGGUCAAUGUUUGGGUUUCUGAGGAGGAAAUGGUUUCUGAUCAUGCUGGUGAAACGUGCUGUGCUGUACACACCAAAAUCUCCCCCAUGUCCCAACUGUAGCAUAUGAGCCUGUACCAUGCCCUUACUGUAGGAUUAGGGAAUGUGCUCCUACUGUAGCAUAUGAAUAUAUCCUAUUAUCCAACUGCAGGAUUUAGGAAUACUUUUCAUGGCCUUACUGUAGCGUAUAUUGCCCCCACUGCAGUGUUACCUCUGCCACACGCCUAUCGUAGCAAUUACAGACUCAUUCUAUGUUCUUAAGUCAUAGGUUUUGCCAUAUGCUUAUUAUAGCACUUCCAUGCCCCCAAUGUAGCAUAAAGGACUCUCAUAAAUCCCUAUUGUAGCAUUUACUAGGACUAGCAUUUUCUAUGCUAAACCUCUAUUGUAGCAUGUAGGAAUCUCUGCUAAUCCCCUCUUGUAGCAUAUAGGAAUCUCUGCCAUACAGCAACCUGCCACAGUCUUAUUAUAGCACUUACCAUACCACUAUUUGCAGACUGUAUAAAUCUUAAACAUUCCCUUAUUAUUGCACAGAAGAAUAUGCCCCUAAUAUGUAGUGCUGUCUUUCUGUUGUAGGUAUUUUUCAUCUUGAAAAUCUUUUUCCACUUUAGCCUCAUGCUGCAGCUAGUUUAUUUGUGAAUAUUUGUACAUUGUCAACAGGGUUGUCAAGGGUUGUCAAGAGGAAUGAUAUUAUUGGCUGUUUAGCUGACUCAGCCCCCAAUCUAACGUGGACAUUGAGAAAAGUGAACAUUAAUUAAUCUUUCAAACGCACACAGUUUGACAGAACAGAUCAAAAAAUUUGAAUUACAACAGACAACUUGUGGUCUUAUUUUAGCAGCAAAAGCUUUUUCAGCCAUCUGCAUGGAAUUUGUCAUCACUUUCCUUCUGUUUGUUCUGCUUCAGACCAUAAUAUGGAGGGCACAGUCUCUUACUAAAGUGGCUGUGAUCUUUAUUAAUCUAUCUGCCCAUUUUAAAACUAGAUAUCAGAUUUAUGUCAUCGUUUUGCUUUGGUCUGUGUAUUACAUGUUUCUAUGCUGCAGAGUAAGGGUAGUGCAGAUUACUGUUUUGCUGUUUACUCAUGUGUUACUGAUGUGUGUGUUGCUAAUACAUUUACCCACAUUUAUAUAUUUACAGGUCUUUAAUUGCUGCAUGUGUAGAAUCUACCUUGAUAAUCAUUCAUCCAAGAAUCCUGGAAAACCUGCUGGGUUUUAUUAGAUUAAUGACUGCAUGUCAUUGUGAUUGUUGCUCAGCCCUGGACUGUAGUGGUUUAGGAAUUAAAUGGUGCUAAGGCUUGGGAAAUCUACACUUAAACUAAAGCUAUACCCAGGAAGCCACUGAGAAAAUGGUCCUGGACUGGCUUUUGAAAAAAGCGGUCUGUGUUUGGCUCAGGGCCCAAAGUUAAAAGUUUAGAGUUUAAAGAGCUCACUGUCGGCCUCACUCACAGCACUACAAACCCUUAAAAAGACAAUGGGAAAGGUAUUCUGGGUGACUUCCGAAGAGCUGCAUUUCUGUUGAGUUCCUUUAGUGGUGAGAUGGCUGAAGGGCCACAGUGUCUGCAGGGCUUUCUAUAGCAGGCCUGGGUACUAAAACCUGGGUAGUAGAAAAGCGAUAACAUUUUAGAAAGAACUUAAAUAUCUGCUGGGAGUCUGAGGUCUCUCUGAACGGCCUUUUUACUGCUUUUUUUGUCAGUUGGUGAAUGGCUGUACGAUGUCUUUAAAACUCAUUCACACAAUGAGAAAUGCGAGGUGUGAUUGUGCAAAGCCUGAAGCCAUAUGGAAUGCCUGUGCAACCUUGCAGUGUGCUGGGUUAGUUCUCUUACCAUUGGAUGACUGUUUGAUAGGUAUGCCCUGCUAAAAUGUAUUUAAUGUUUUCAGACUUGAAGAAGCCUACUUUUACUUCACAGCAGAACUGCGAAUCACUGCUGAUUUGCACUUACUGCUUCUGGCCUGCAGGGUUAAACUUGCCUGCUGGCUUAUACAUUAUAAAUAUCUGUCUUUGUUUUGUUUUGUUUGUGUUGUUAGGGAUGCAAUUUAGAGAAGAGCAGCAGGUUUACCUGAACAGGCUAUCACAUACAUGUUAAUGCUGUGAAGAUUUUGCACACUUUGUAAUGAUUCAAUAUGCUUAACUGCAAUGCAACUGUUACUGUAUUUGCCACUAACUGCUAACAGCACCUAUGGUAUGAAAACAAAAUUCUGGACACUUGUUUUUUUACAGUCCCUGUGGGGAUUUAAACCAAUGAAUGUAUCAACGACACUGGAUCACUGAGUAGCAUUAUUCCCAAUGAAAUGUUCGAUGCUUUCAUACGACAUUUAACUGAAACUCCACCCAUAUGUCCCUGCCUGAUUUGAAAUAAACUAACCUGCUGGUUGAAUUGGCA